AUGGCCGACCAAAUCGUGCAUGAUCUCCACGAACAUGGCCGUCGUGCCUGGGGCUUCGUUAUUUACCGAUGUACCUACCAAAGUAACACAGUUUGGGCCGAAUUUAUGGGUCGGCUCCUCGCUAAUACUGAGCAUAAGCUGGAAAACAAUCAGGGCCUUGAUUUACUUGAUAAUUUAGCCCUGACUGUGAUUGAAGACUUGGAGAAUUUGGACCGGGCGACUAUGGCUGUGAUUCGGGAUCAUGUUCGGCAGUGGGUGGUGACCGCUGUGCAAGAAGAACCGGACAUUACUAGCCCAGUGGUGCUAUUAUCGCAGCGAUAUACGUUCUUACUGAAGAAAGGGAUGGGAGGGGGUUGCGUGACUGAUUAG